CGAGACGAAGUCGAGUGCCAAUACAGAAUAUCGAGACAGAAUAUAUCCUCACAAGAACUGACCAAUCAGAAGGCUUCAUUUUACAGAGCAUACGAUAAUGAGUUAAUAUACAACUACGUCUCUGUUGACUAAGGUCAUAUUGUGUUAUCAAGUUAUAGUAUUUCAUCAGCCGUUCUAGUAAAGAAUUCAACACAUGUUGAAGUUGGAUGGACGGGUACAUGAUAUAGAAGGCUACAUGUGGAUGAUUGCUUGAUUAUGACAUCAUAUGCUUGUAUCGUAUCCAAACAACGAAACACAAACGACGGACAAAGUAUUGCAUCAUCGUUUAGUCAGACUGAUUAUUUCGAUAAUGAUGAAAUUGGUGGUGUAUUUAAAUAAUGGGGAAGUACCGAUCUGAGGCACAAGCUGUACUUCCAAUACACACAGUGUGAAUAUUGCCUUUGAUAGAGAUAACAUGGAGAAGGAAAUUAAAAGUGCAAUUGUUAUGAAGGACGAGGACAAAUUGAAGUCUAUCCUGAGCAAUCUCGACACAUGUCCAUGUAAAACAUUGCUAUGGGCUAUGCAAGAAUACUUUAUAGAGCUAAGCUUAGCAACUAUUAAGACAUUAAUACACAAAGGUGCAGAUAUCAAUGCUAGGGAUAAUCAAGGUAAAACUGUGCUAAUGAUAGCUAUAGAGAUAAAAUAUACCCCAUGUGCUGAGCUCCUCAUAUACUAUGGGGCAGACAUACAUGUCAUUGAUAACUCCGGGCAGACAGCCCUCAACCACAUCACAGACUUCUCACCAGCGUAUCAACACCUGUAUUGUUUACUCACAAUAUUAGGGGCCAAUGACAAACAGUACCAACAUCUAUCUGUCUUACUACAUACAAUCGCAACGGAGGGACAAAUUAAACAAGCGUGUGAAAAAAUUGACCUUAUCAAAAGCUUGUCAAAACUCCGUUUGAAAUAUCGAGUGAGAACAUUUUUAUUUGAAAACUGUGCGAGGACGAGAGACGAUUACAGAAAAUAUAUUACAGAGCUCGUGGAUGUUGGUCAUUUGCCUCCCGGACUGAAAUCAUUCUUAUUAUUUGUGGAUGACAUAAGCGAGAUGAUGGCUAUUGUGCGGGGGAGUGUUGAAGGCUGGUUCUUAUAUAGUAGGGAUCCUUCUAUAUUCGACGACUUUGACAAUUUCCAAGACAGUGAACCACUUGGUACUAUAGGCGGGUUAGUUGCUCUUGUUGAUCCUGAUACAAACAAUACCAGUCAAGAUGAAAUCUUUAGUCUGUCUGCGAAUCAUCAAAUAUUACCAGACUCAUUCGGCCACCAUAGAGAAUAUGUGACUUGGUCAGAGGUUGAUUAUCAACGAGAAAGUGUUUUAACAAUUGGAUCUGAAGUACCUUAUCGAAUACCACUUAAAUUUGAUGAGGAUGACGACCUGGAGAAUGAUUCUCCUGAUGAUAUGAACUUUGACGACAUUGAUUUAGAUCGCAAUGAACACCCAGAACAGAUUCCCAUAAUGUCAUUUGAAUCCGAGGGUAUAGAUGAAACAGAAAGUGAUACCGAUGAUGAAGAGGAACCAACGUUUGAUAUAGCAUGCAUUAGAGUUGAGAACGAAACAAUUAGGUCCCAAUACAGAGUCUGUUCACUACAUGAGUGUUGUAGUUCCUCUCCCAAAAAAGAACUUGUUGGUUCGACCGUUAUGAAACUAGGAUCGGGUCCAAACGCUACAAAAGGGAGGUUAUUGGCCAUUAACGCUUCAGGGGAAGUUAAAGUUGGUCGUAAAACUGUGUUCGUCAACAAUGUUGCAGUCAUUUGUGCUCUAGAUGACAUCGAUCUUGAUGCAGCAUUUUCUAAUAAAGGAGAUGGCGGUACAAUCGUCUGCAUACAGGACACAAUCAUCAGAAGGGAUAACAUUGAAGCCCAUUGUCCUCAUUGCUUCAUGAUAUUUGCUGGUUGGGAUAAAUAUAACCAGUACAAUAAAUGGGGACGCCCUGUGACUUUAGCAUUCUCUUUAUAUGAUUCCUUGAAAAUAUUAGAAAGCCAGGUUAAGGAGAACCAUGAUGUAACUAGGAAACAUUUUAGGUUAUCUUGUUGUAGCUUUGCAUUGCAAUGAUCUCGUGUGUUUAAUGUUACAAGAAAUUAUUCAACAAAUAUUGUCGGCUUAGUGCUAUUUCUACAAUAAGAUGUAUCCGUAUUUUAACUUUUUAGUGAUAUUUCUUACACGUUUCCUCCAUUAGAUUACAUAUAUAUAUUAUUAUUUUAUUUCAUAUUCCCGAUUUUCAUACAUCAUCAAUAUUUAUUUUUCAAUAUUGUUUUAGUAUAGUGCUUGUCAAUUGCCGAUAGGGGCAAUUCAUGAUCAGGCUAAGCUUUAUUCCCGAUUAUGGUCGAAUUAUCAUUGUAACGCAACAUACAUAUGUACACUGUUGCUCAUAAAUAUGGAAUAUUAUAUUUGGCAGCUCAGAAUUCAAAUUUUGGAGUAAGAGAACAUUUAUUUGGGGUCGGUUCAGACAUUUAUUUUCUAGACAAAUCAUAACCA